CAUACUCAAAAGAAAACUAAAAAAAAAGAAUUUGAGGCGGACCAGUCAUUUUCACCUUUGUUUAAAAUAUUAUAAGACUAUCUUUGAAUGAACACUAGUGGGAGGUCGUUUCAUUAGGAGAUAAAGCCUACAAUGUGUAUCUGUACAAUUGUCUUGGUUUGUUUGGCAUGUUCGUCAAUUGUAUUUGGUCAACCGAAUCCACUCGCAGGCUAUGACACCAGCGGCUCAUUUGUGGAUCCAAAUCAAUCAACGGACCCAUACAGUCCUAAUGCACCAAUGGCCCCACAUGGUCCUAAUGCACCAAUGUCUCAGCAUGAUCCUAAUGCACCAAUGUCUCAGCAUGAUCCUAAUGCGCCAAUGUCUCAGCAUGAUCCUAAUGCGCCAAUGCUCCAGCAUGAUCCUAAUGCACCAAUGUCUCAGCAUGAUCUUAAUGCACCAAUGCCUCAGCAUGAUCCUAAUGCACCAAUGUCUCAGCAUGAUCCUAAUGCACCAAUGUUUCAGCAUGAUCCUAAUGCACCAAUGCUCCAGCAUGAUCCUAAUGCACCAAUGCCUCAGCAUGAUCUUAAUGCACCAAUGCUACAGAAUCCACCAAUGGAUACCAACCAACGUCCUGCCGAUUCAGCUAUGUUUUAUGAUUCUAACCAGCCACCACUUGACCCGGCGCUACAGGUUAUGAACCCUUCAUCGGUGAAAUCAGGACCAACCAAUAUGGGUCCCGACCCGACAACCAAUCAAGUGAUGUCACCGGGCCGAGCGGGAGCGUCAGGGCCGGUGGACUUAAUAAGUAUGGCAUCUGAUAUGGCCGCAGGUACUAGCGGGACAGACCGGUCAGCAGCAGGACAAACAGGGGUGUUCGUGGGAGGAACACCACCAGCGGGAGCGGAUAUCCCGGUAAACAUGGCUGCCCGUAGCCUGCAGACGCCAACUCGCCAGAUGCAGACGGGAGACCGCCAGCGAGGCGCGUUCAUGACUGGACAGUUCGCACGCCAACAAGGCAUGCGCAGUGGCGGACCACUGGAGAGAUUUCUCAUGAUGAGAAAACCCAAACAGCAACCAAAACGUAACAACUUUGUGCCACUCCUGUUCAUGAUGAUGAAUGGAGGAGGAGGAGAAGGAAUACUUCCUGUCUUACUAAUGAUGAUGAUUGGAGGCGGGAAUAACAUGAAUCCCAUGAUGCUGCCCCUAUUGAUGCAAAUGAUGCAAUAACGAUACAUCAGCUUCUUGCUGGCUGUGAUUAUGAUGUUUUGCCUCCACAUCCGGGCUCAACCGAACUCUAAAAGACGGUGGCAUUUUAUGUGACGCCUCUUUUGUAUAAAGCUGCAUAAUAUGUUAACCUUUGCAUAAAAACAAGUGGCAUGUGUAUGGUCAGUGGUCUGUAUAAAUAGGUUUUGUUUGUUGUGCUCAUAGAUUAAAACGCUCCAGGAUUCCCCCCCCCCCCCCAAUAAAAACCCAAACGAAAAUAACACUCACACCCCAACACACACACACCCCCCCCCCCCCCCCCCACUCCAAAAACAAAACCCCCACCAAAAACAACAAUAAUAAUAUCGAAUGAUCACAAUCAGCUUUAUUGCUUUGUAGAAUCUAGGGUGGGAUAUUAAGAUAGGAAAGGGGAAUUUGUUCAACGACAUUGUAAACGACGUCUAUUUGGUGUUAACAUAUGGUUAUUUCGACAUUGUAAACGACGUCUAUUUGGUGUUAACAUAUGGUUAUUUCGACAUUGUAAACGACGUCUAUUUGGUGUUAACAUAUGGUUAUUUCGACAUUGUAAACGACGUCUAUUUGCUGUUAACAUAUGGCUAUUUCGACAAUGUAAACUUUAUCUAUUUGGUGUUGAACAUAUGGUUAUUUCGACAUUGUAAACUUUGUCUAUUUGGUGUUAACAUAUGGUUAUUUCGACAUUGUAAA